AUGAGCGGCGCGCAAGAAAAUGACCAAAAAUGCGACCAGAAUUUGACGUGCGUUGUUAUCAUCGGGGGCAUCGGCAUAACCGCUUUUCUCCUGUCGAUCCGUGACUGGGAGAGUAAAGGCGUGCCAUGCCAUAUUCAUUACGCCGUGCGGAGUCCGGAAGAGGCCGCGUUUCUAGAACAACUCCCUGCCGACAAGACUACACUAUAUGCCACUUCGAGGCGUGAACGGCUUGACAUUGGAAAUGUCAUACCAAAGCCUGGCCCGGAUAAUGCUUACCAGGCCCGUAUCUUCUCGUGUGGACCAUCACGCAUGAUGCAAGAAUGUGCACGGAUCACCACUCAGCUCGGGUACCCGGAGUAUAUGGUUCAUUUUGAAGACUUUGGGGGCGGCGAGGGUGGCAACCUGGGUGAUGCUUUCGAGGUUGAGGUCGACGAACCGGACACGAACAGGCACGAGAAGCUAACAGUCCCGUCGAAUAAGACUUUGCUCGAUAUCCUGAACGAAGCAGGGUUUGACAUCGUAUACUCAUGCAAGUCUGGCGCUUGUGGCGCCUGUAAGGUCAAGGUGUGCCAAGGGGAAGUUGACUACAAGAGCACAGCGCUCCUUGCCAUGGAGAAGGGGUCUGCGUUACAUAGUUGCGUAGAUCGUCGGCGUGGAAAGCUCAAGAUAGUGAUAGAUUGA